AUGAGCAAACAAGUGGAUGUAAAGGCGUUAGUGUCCCACGUAGUCCGCGGCGACGGCGUGCAAAGAUGUAGAAUAUGUAUGGGAGAUACAUCCGAGGGGCAAGUUCAUUUAGAAGAUACGGUGAUGAUGGACGGAGACAAACCCAUCACGUUGUCAGAAUUACUAGAAACAGUCACUGGAGUUCAGGUGGUGCUCGAGGGGGAUCUGCCACCAGGAGUGUGUCCGAGCUGUCUCAUGUGUGCUCUGAGUGCUGCAGAGUUCAGAACACUGUGCCAGCAAGCCGCUAGCCAAUGGGAGCUGACCGUAGAACUCCUGAACGGCCUCACCUCUCAAUGUGAUGGCGAGAAGACUAUAUUUGCAUUACUAGAGAAAAGCCAAAUGAUUGUCAUCAAAGAUAAUACUUGUAUUAAAACUAUGAAUGUAGUCGAUAGAUUGAAUGAGCAUUUGACUGAACCGAAGAAGACCGAGUCUCCUAUAUCCUGUUCUUGUCCGAAUUGCGGUAAAGAGUUCCAGUAUGCCCAUCAAUUGAGCCACCAUUUGAAAGAAUCUAUGGAUCUGCAACGCGCUUGUUAUAUUUGUGCCAAAAUUAUGUCCCGAAGUGAAUUAAUCGAUCACAUGUCUCAAGUACAUGAUAAAGAACCGUUUGAUUGUAAAAAAUGCCCAGCUGUUUUGUGUUCAUAUAGCCAGUAUAAACUGCAUUUAGAUAAAGCACAUUUCCAUACAGCGUGUAUGUGUGUCGAAUGUGGGCGUAGCUUCCAAACUCAGAAUGCUUUCCACGCUCACGUGUCUGUUCACAGGCCUCAAAGCUGCCCGAGCUGUAAUAAGCUAUUCCGCAAUCAAACCUGUUAUGUUCACCACGUGAAAUGGUGCUGCAAUCUAGAUAAAAAUAGAGAGGAUACCUUCAAAACUAAGACGAAAGUGACAGUGGAAGUAAAAAAUGAAGUUAGCAAGCGGAAAAUCAAAGUUGGACUACGAGGUAGCGCGAACCAGCAGUGUAUAUGCGAUUACUGCGGGAAGAAAUUCGCUGGGAAGAAGUUCGUUGCUGCUCACAUACAAAUAGUUCACAUGAAGAACACGCAUCGGCCUUGCGUUUAUUGCGGCAAGUUGCUAGCAGCAGCACAUAUGUCAGAGCACGUAAAAUAUCACGAGGAAGAUAGGUCCUUCACCUGUCAGCAUUGCGGUGUAGUACUCAAGACUAGGCUGGGUUACACGCAGCAUAUACGUCUUCAUACCGGCGAGAGGCCCUACGCCUGCAAAUUCUGCGGACAAACCUUCUCCGCGUCCUCGCGAAGAUCGGAACACAUACGUAAAGUGCAUAAAAGCUCGGAUAUAGUGUUAAAACAUGCUUGUAAAUACUGUCCAGCAAGAUUCCGUCUUCCGUACAGAUUGAAGAAGCAUCUAAUAGCUGUUCACAACAACGAAGACCAAAGCUUGGAUUACGAGUGCACUGAAUGCCACGAGAAAUUCGGAUCCUGUCGUGGACUCCUGCAUCACAGCCGGAAACACCAAAACGUGAAAUUCCCACCAAAAAGGAAGGAGAGAUGUGUUUUUAAAGUUUUCAGCGAUUUGAACAGAAAAGACAUAGAAGAAACUUAA